AUGGGAUUUCUGUCCGCAUUGAUGAUUGCCGAUUUUGAUCUCGUUACGGCGUCCAAGAAUGUCAGGCAGGGCUUCAUAAACCAUGUUUUGGACAUCAUGGACGUCAAGAAGAGAGACCGUAUCAAAUCUGUGGUGGGUAUCCGGGACAAGCUUGAGCCCUUUGUCGGUAAUCCAUUUCGUGCCUUACCGACAGUGCUGUUUGCGACUCGGUUGGGCAACUCAAUGGACCUUGUUGCAAAAUUCCGGAACGUCAUGACCAAUGUCUAA